CCAAAAUCUGCAACUCACUCUCUUUCUCACCAACACAAGUGAGAGCCUCAAAAGCAAAAUGCAGAGCCUUCACCAAUCCACCGGCCUGUUCAACCCGUCGACGGCGACGGAGAAGCCGUUCCUCAACGGCACCGGCGCCGGCAUUGCCUCCCUCGCCACGAGGCCGUCGCCCACCAAGUUCUCCAAAGUCGUCAAGGGAACCAACCCGGUCAACCCGGGUCGGGUCCGGCAAUCCGGGGCGGCCGUGAAGGCGAUCCUCGGCGGGCUGGCGGCGCUCAACCCGCUCGCCGCCGUGAAGGUGAAGGCCGUCGUCACCGUGAAGCAGACCGUCGGCGGGUUUCUGGCAGACACCGUGCUGGUGCCCAACACCGUUGCUGACUUGCUGGGGACUUCCAUGAUCUUGGAGCUCAUUCCCGCCGAGCUUGAUCCCAAGACGGGAAAGCCGAAGCCGACGGUGAGCUCGUUGGCUAGCUUCGCCGGGAUAAAUGGCACGGAGAUCAAGUACCAAGCAUCGUUCGGCUUGUCGGCCGAUUUCGGUACGGUCGGAGCGGUUCGAAUUGACAAUUUGCACAUCAGGGAGAUGUUCCUCAAGGACAUCGUCCUUGAAGGCUUCGCCACCGGCUCCGUCAACAUCGAGUGCGAGUCCUGGGUUCCGGCCAAGAUCUCCGGCAAGCCCAAAAGGGUCUUCUUCACUACCAAGUCGUACUUGCCAUCUGAUACGCCAACGGGGUUGAAGAAGUUGCGAACUGAUGAGCUUGUGGUUCUGCGAGGGAGUGGCCAAGGUGAGCGCAAGAAAGGCGACAGGAUAUACGACUACGACGUCUACAAUGAUCUCGGCAACGCAAGACCUGUAUUGGGUGGUAAAGAGAACCCUUACCCCAGGCGAUGCAGAACAGGACGACCACGAUCAUCCAAAAGUAAUAUGAACUACUACUUGACAGAUCCAGAAGACGAAACGAGGGCGCUUUACUUUUAUGUGCCUCGUGAUGAGGAGUUCUCAGAGAUUAAGACUGCGCAGUUUGGGGUGAAGACGUUGUACUCAGCUUUGCACGCCUUGGUGCCAACUCUGGAGACCAUACUCAUCGACCCUAAGCUUGGGUUCCCACACUUCACAGCCGUGAACAACUUGUUCGACCAAGGGCUCAACUUGCCUCCCUAUUCGCAGACAAAUCUUGUAUCUUUCCUGCCGACGCUCAUCAGGAACUCAGCUGAAGCUAGCAAUGAUGUGUUGCAGUUUGAGGUCCCUCCAACAAUGGACAGAAACAGCUUUUUCUGGUUCACUGAUGAGGAAUUUGCUAGGCAGACACUUGCUGGUGUCAACCCAUGCACCAUACAGUUGAUCAAGGAGUGGCCUAUUAUGGGUACCCUGGACCCUGCCGUCUAUGGACCUCAAGAGUCUGGAAUCACUAAAGAACUCAUUGAGAAGGAAAUCAGAGGCUAUACAACACUGGAAGAUGCCAUCCAACAAAAGAAGCUAUUCAUGCUCGACUACCAUGAUGUCUUGUUGCCAUUUGUGGGCAAAACCAGAGAGCUCGACAACACGACAUUAUACGGGUCACGAACUGUAUUCUACCUUUGCCCAGCUGGUACAUUGAGGCCUCUAGCAAUCGAACUCACUCGACCACCACUCGAUGGAAAGCCACAAUGGAAGAAAGUGUAUGUACCGAACUAUUCCUCUGCUACAGAUGUCUGGCUGUGGAGGUUCGCCAAAGCUCAUGUCCUGUCCCACGACUCUGCCUAUCAUCAGCUCAUCAGUCACUGGCUGAGAACCCAUUGCUGCACAGAACCCUACAUAAUUGCAGCGAAACGCCAGCUCAGCGCGAUGCACCCAGUCCACCGGCUCUUGCUCCCUCACUUCCGAUACACGAUGGAGAUCAACGCGCUGGCACGACAAGCUCUGAUCAAUGCUGGUGGAGUCAUUGAGUCGACUUUCGCCCCUCUCAAGUACUGCAUGCAGGCUAGCUCCGCGAUCUAUGGCCAAUCUUGGCGUUUCGAUAAGGAAGGACUUCCUCAUGAUCUGAUUAACCGUGGACUGGCUGUGGAAGACCCAUCUGCACCACAUGGUGUGAAGCUAACAAUUGAAGACUACCCGUACGCCAACGACGGCCUCCUCAUCUGGGACUCCAUCAAGACAUGGGUGACCGACUACGUCAACCAAUACUACCCAGACUCCCAAUCCGUCUCCUCCGACGCCGAGCUCCAAGCAUGGUGGUCCGAAGUCCGCAACCAGGGCCACGAGGACAAGAAAGACGAGCCGUGGUGGCCGACCAUCUCCACCCAACAGGACCUCGUCGAGGUCUGCACCACCAUCAUCUGGGUCGUCUCUGGCCACCACGCAGCGGUAAACUUCGGGCAGUACGCGUUCGGGGGUUACUUCCCGAACCAGCCGACCACCGCCAGGGUGAAAAUGCCCGACGAGGACCCGACCGAGGACGAGUGGAAGCUGUUCAUCGAGAAACCCGAGCAGGCGCUUCUCGCCACCCUGCCGUCCCAGAUUCAGGCUACCACGGUGAUGACCGUGCUGGACGUGCUGUCGGCUCAUGCCCCCGACGAGGAGUACCUCGGAGGGCCGAUCGAGCCUGCGUGGCGCGACGAUCCGAACGUGAAGGCUGCUUUCGAGAAGUUCAACGGCAGGCAGAAGGAGAUUGAGGGGGAGAUCGACGCGAGGAAUGCGGAUUCGUCGAGGAAGAACAGGAGUGGAGCUGGGGUGUAUCCUUAUGAGCUGCUGAAGCCGUUCUCGGAGAGUGGAGUUACUGGUAAGGGAGUUCCGUAUAGCAUUUCCAUUUAGGAAUGGUGGUGUGUUGUUCUUUUGCUGUGGUUGGGGAGUUGCAUGAGAAUAAGAAGACUUGGAAAUGGGUCCAUUGGGUUGGGUUUUGGUUGGACCUCUUUGUUUUGUUUCGGUUUGGAAAGCCUUUGGUUAACAAGGUUUUCUGUUUUCAUUUACCUAAAGGGUUAAAGACACAUUUGGUCACUGGGUUUACUAAAAUGUGUCAUGUUUAGUCACUGAAAAAAAUAAAUAUCAAAUUUGCGUCAGGAGUAAUCUUAAAAAAUAAAAACUUAUUUUCAAGAUUUAAUUUAUCACAUAAUCGGCGGCCAGUGACGGACGCCAGUUGACCACUUUCUCGACACAACUCCUAAAUCCCAUCGCCAUUAGCCAAACUCCAAAUCCCUAGCUAGCGCGCGCCCCCGCAAAAUCAAUCAUUUCAAUCCGCCAUGGCUGCAAUCUCUCCGAUCUCCUUCCUCUUCUCCAUCCUCAUCCUCCUAAUCGCGCCAAUCCCAUCCACGGCGGGGAAACCACACGUCAUCAAGUUCCGAUCCCCCAAUCUCUACCCAGAGGGACUCGCCUACGACCGCUCCGCACAGCACUUCGUCGUCGGAUCCCUCCGCCACCGCACGAUCCACUCCGUCUCCGAUGCGGGCGUCGUCGACACCCUCAUCACCGACCUCUCCCUCCCUCCCAACGCCUCGAUCCUCGGCCUGGCGGUCGAUUCCGUCAACAACCGCCUCCUCGCCGCCGUCCACUCCAUGGCCCCGCUCCCAAUCUUCAACGCCCUCGCCGCCUACGACCUCCGCACCCGCCAGCAGCUCUUCCUCUCCCUCCUCCCCGACGGCGGAGCCACCGCCACCGCCGCCCGCCCCGUCGCCAACGCGGUGGCCGUCGACUUCAAGGGCAACGCGUACGUCACCAAUUCCUUGGGAACCGAUGAAGGGAACUUCAUCUGGAAAGUAGAUUCGGAAGGAAACGCGUCGAUCUUCUCCAGAUCGGAUAAAUUCACCGAAUCCCCCGUCGACCGCGACCUGCCGUACAGCGAAUCGGGGCUCAACGGCGUGGCCUACGUCAGCAAGGGGUACCUUCUCGUGGUGCAGAGCAACACCGGGAAGGUGUUCAAGGUCGAUGAGGUCACCGGGGGAGCGAGGCGGGUGAUCCUGCCGGCGGAUCUGAUGCACGCCGACGGGAUCGCGGUGAGGAGGCGGGACGGGGCCGCGCUGGUGGUGUCGCACGAGAAGGUGUGGUUUUUGAAGAGCGACGAUAGCUGGGCGGAGGCGGCGGUGUUCGAUUCGGUGGAGCUGGAGGACCGGGAAGGGUUCGCGACGGCGGUGGCGGCGGCGGCGGAGGACAGGGCGUACGUGUUAUAUGGGAGCGUGAUGGAGGGCAUUUUGGGGAAUGUAGAAGUAGAGAGGGAGUGGUUUAGGAUAGAGGAGGUUCGGUCGGCGAAGGAGGGCGAGGACGAGAAUGUAAUUUUGUAUGUUAUGAUUGGGCUGGGCCUGGCCUACUUCUUGUUCUGGAGAUUCCAGAUGAAGCAGCUCGUUCGGAACAUGGAUAAAAAGACCACUUAGAGAAAUACGUUUCUUGAAAUUUUGCACUCUAUUUUUUUUUUUUUAAAUGUCAUCUUAGAUGUUAGUUUUUGAUCAUGUAAAAUUAGAGAGAAAGGAGUAAAGUUUGUAUUAUUGUUUUAAUCUAACCGUAUUUGAACUUUUGAGGGGUUUUCUUUAGUCAUUCUCUUGUCUUGCGGAUGAAUGGGAUGUGCAAGAAAGUGUUACUAAACGAAUUGUUGACUCGGAAGAUCCUCAAACAAUCAAGUCAGUUGGAGUUCGAAAAUCGAACCCAAAAAGCAG